AUGGUGACUACGCAUAACCCUCAAAACGGCUGCAGCGACGAUGACGAUGCCGAGAGGAGAGGCCUAGCAUGGCCUAGCCUAGCCUGGCGUCUGAAGGGCAAGGCGCCGCGAAAGCAGGGCGCACUUAUGUACGCCUGCCUGCCGUGUACACCUGACGGCGCCGCUGGCCUAUGCGAACGGCGUCAGAGCCAUAUGGGCGCACAAGCGAUGAGUGUAGUGGUAGUGCGUCGUCGCACGAAACCUUCAUGCAGUAGUGCGCGUGGAUGGUUGGCUGGGUGGUUGCGACGCCGGGACUAUAUCGGGAGGCAGCUGAAAGUUUGUGCCAAAAUGCAGUUACGAAUGGCGCCAAAGGCUGUCAGGAGGCAGGCCGAAUCAGCUGUUCCUACACCCAGUGGCGCCGGUUUCAAACCAACCCCUCCACAUACACAAAAGCGUCGCCUGACACAUUGGGUGUCCUCGGCCGAGCGGGCGGGAGGGCAGGCAAGCCAGCAGGCAGGAGAGGAGGGAGGCUGGGGCAAUAGUGGUGGUGGGGGAGGGUGGAGCCUUCUCCCCACUGAUCGAUUGCCCCCACUGGCGCCAGUGUAA